AUGCGCUUGGUCAUUAGCCGCGGCUGGUUCACGCUUGUUAUCCCUUCAUUUGGCACUAUACACUUGUUUGUUGAUGCUUCGCACGAGUUUUGUCUUGGUGUUCGAAUUAUAAGUUUCGAGAUCGCCGAGAGAUUCGCGAAGUAUUGGCACGAUUAUAGGAACGGCAAGGACUCUUCGGAGCCGACGUUGCGGCAAGUGAACGGAAAAGGGAAGAAGAUGCGAAAACCGCGAACGAUUUACUCGAGUUUGCAGCUGCAACAGCUGAACCGACGGUUUCAGCGCACUCAGUACCUCGCCCUGCCCGAAAGGGCUGAACUGGCUGCCAGCCUUGGGCUGACACAAACUCAGAGUUCGUCCAUUAAAAAUUAUUUCGCGGGCAAGGACUCUUCGGAGCCGACGUUGCGGCAAGUGAACGGAAAAGGGAAGAAGAUGCGAAAACCGCGAACGAUUUACUCGAGUUUGCAGCUGCAACAGCUGAACCGACGGUUUCAGCGCACUCAGUACCUCGCCCUGCCCGAAAGGGCUGAACUGGCUGCCAGCCUUGGGCUGACACAAACUCAGCGGACUGAAACAUGGGUUGUUUCUGUGGGACACAGAGGGUACGUCAUGAAAAUGUAA